UUUCUUUUUGGCUACAUAAGGAUUUGAGUUUUCGUCAUUUUUCAGUCCCUUUGACUUCCUUAAGUUUGGGGUUGAUAGGCUCUGUUCUUUUGACUUUUGAAUAUUUUCGCGAUAUCCCCCUUAUUUUCUGACUAUAUAAGGAUUUGAGUUAUUUUCAUUUUCGCGUUUUCACACUUAUUUCACUCCUCCUAAUCGUCUAAUCUUGUCUAAUUUUUCAGCUAUCAUUUUAAAAAAAUCUUUUAAAAAUGUCUAAAGCUAACGCUGUCGGAAUUGAUUUGGGAACAACUUAUUCGUGCGUCGGUGUAUUCCAGCAUGGAAAAGUUGAAAUCAUUGCUAAUGAUCAAGGAAAUCGCACGACUCCAUCGUAUGUUGCCUUUACGGACACCGAGCGUCUGAUUGGCGACGCUGCUAAAAAUCAAGUGGCAAUGAACCCGUCGAAUACUGUUUUUGACGCAAAGCGCUUGAUUGGACGCAAGUUUGACGAUCCGGCUGUUCAAUCGGACAUGAAGCAUUGGCCGUUCAAGGUUAUUCAAGGAGAAGGUGCUCGUCCAAAAAUCCAAGUGGAGGUUAAAGGUGAAAUGAAGGCGUUCUUCCCUGAGGAAGUUUCGGCAAUGGUUUUGACAAAGAUGAAGGAAACGGCUGAGGCGUUCUUAGGCCAAACCGUUAAAGACGCUGUCAUCACUGUGCCAGCCUAUUUUAACGACAGUCAACGCCAAGCCACAAAGGAUGCUGGAACGAUUUCUGGACUUAAUGUUUUGCGUAUCAUCAACGAGCCAACUGCUGCGGCCAUUGCUUAUGGCUUGGAUAAGAAAGGCCAAGGCGAGCGAAAUGUUCUGAUUUUUGACUUGGGCGGUGGAACGUUCGAUGUGUCAAUCUUGACUAUUGAAGAUGGUAUUUUUGAGGUCAAGUCGACUGCUGGAGACACUCACCUUGGAGGCGAAGAUUUCGACAACCGAAUGGUCAACCAUUUUGUUGCUGAGUUCAAACGUAAGCACAAGAAGGACCUUGCCACCAAUCCGCGUGCUCUCCGUCGUCUUCGUACUGCUUGUGAACGCGCUAAGAGGACUUUGUCUAGCUCUACUCAAGCGAGCAUUGAGAUUGACUCUCUUUUUGAUGGAAUUGAUUUUUACACCAACAUCACUCGUGCUCGUUUUGAAGAGCUUUGCGCCGAUUUGUUCCGCAGUACUAUGGAUCCAGUUGAGAAAUCAAUUCGUGAUGCUAAGAUGGACAAGUCUCAGAUUCAUGACAUUGUUUUGGUUGGAGGCUCGACUCGAAUUCCUAAAGUCCAGAAGCUUCUGUCUGACUUCUUUUCUGGUAAAGAACUUAACAAGAGCAUCAACCCGGACGAAGCUGUCGCCUAUGGAGCUGCUGUUCAGGCUGCAAUUUUGUCUGGCGAUAAGUCUGAGAAUGUUCAGGAUCUUCUUCUUUUGGACGUUGCCCCACUCUCUUUGGGUAUUGAAACUGCUGGAGGUGUCAUGACUCCGUUGAUUAAGAGGAACACGACUAUUCCCACCAAGACUUCUCAAACGUUCACUACUUAUUCUGACAACCAGCCUGGUGUUCUUAUUCAGGUCUAUGAAGGUGAACGUGCUAUGACUAAGGACAACAACUUGUUGGGCAAAUUCGAGUUGAGUGGAAUUCCUCCUGCUCCUCGUGGUGUUCCUCAAAUCGAAGUCACCUUUGACAUUGACGCCAACGGAAUUUUGAAUGUUUCUGCCCAAGACAAGUCGACUGGAAAGCAAAACAAGAUCACCAUCACUAACGACAAGGGACGUCUCUCCAAAGACGAGAUUGAGCGUAUGGUCCAAGAAGCUGAGAAAUAUCGUGGAGAGGAUGAAAUUCAGCGUGAUCGUGUUUCGGCGAAGAACGGCCUUGAGUCUUACUGCUUCAACAUCAAGCAGACAAUGGAGGAUGAUAAGCUCAAGGACAAGAUUAGCGAGGACGAUAAGAAGAAGGUUUUGGACAAAUGUCAGGAAACGCUCUCUUGGUUAGACGCCAACCAGACUGCUGAGAAGGAAGAAUUUGAGCAUCAUCAAAAGGAAUUGGAAGCUAUUUGCAAUCCGAUCAUUUCGAAGCUUUAUCAAUCUGCGGGUGGUGCUGGAAUGCCUGGAGGUAUGCCUGGUGGAAUGCCUGGAGCUGGUGGUAUGCCAGGAGGUGGUGGCGGCGCUGGUGGAGCUGGAGGUCCAACCAUUGAAGAAGUUGAUUAAAUUGAGUAUCUCUUCUUUUUUGAUUAUAUUCCAAUUAUAUUUAAUGAUUUUUUUUUGAAAACAUUCAUAUAAAGACCUUUGACUCUCCUCCUCUCUAUCCUCCCCCCACAUAUACACAAUUUAUCUAUAAAAUUGUUUUUUCCGAUACAAUCGUUAUGUUUUUUGAGUAAAAUUAUUUUGUUUUGUUUAAAAGUUGUGUAUUUUAGGUUUAGGGACCUUUUAAGUGAAUAUUGGGGGUAUUUUUAUUUUUUUCCCUCAAAAGGGGUCGAACCCUCGUCCCUUCUAACUGGAAAAAUGUGGAUUAUCCCACUACACCAUCUGACACUGAAAUUUUUUGAAGGGCGAAGCAGUUGGGGAAGAAUAG